UGUAUGCGUGUAUAAGAUACAUGUUCUAAAAUAUACGUAGAUUAUAAAAUCCCAAUUGAAAACACUAUUUAUGUCGAAUCAAAUCCUAAAUACAUUCUAUGUUUUCAUGUCGAAAAAAUUCUUCCUGGAGUGAUCGUAUGCCGCCAUUACAUAUAAAACCCAACAUUGUUUUUUGUUUUGUAAGCCAACCACUAGCACUAGAACACUGCAGCAAGAAAAUGGACAGUAAACAAUUAAUCCCGAACUACAGUAUUUUUUUGUUACACUGUAUAGUUUAUUUCCCUCCAUUUUGUUUUUUUGGGUCGUCGUUUGUGUAGACUGCUGUUUUUAAAUAAGUGGUUUCUGAGACUUAAAAUGAAAUAUGUUCAUUCAAGUACACAACAAAAUGUAACGAAAAAAAUACUCAUUUACAAGCAAGUUUGGUCAAUGUUCAACAAUCUUUAAAAUGUUGCCCCCAACAUUAUAAUCUAGUAAUCGUGACCGAAGCGGAACAUCUUUAGGUUGCAGAAGUGUUCCCACACGGACGUUACAUGGCGUAACAUACGAGUUCUUUCCAAAUACCAGAAAAAACCUCGCCCCUGACACGUGGAGACAACAUGGCAGCAGAGACUUCUAAAGGUGCUCAUUGCCUCCAAGAUGACAAUGAUUCCACAGCACCGGAGGCUAGUUCGUCACGUGAACAGCAAGCGCAGUCAAAAACAAAGAAAAAGAAGAAAUCUGCCAAGAAAAAAGCAACCAGCUGCACUGAGGUACCCCCAGAGACAAGCGCAACGGAAGGAGGCGAGAACACAGAGCUGAGUGCAGAAGAACAGUUUAAAAGGCAACUGGAGUGGUGUAUUGAGCAACUGGAACUGGGAAUGAAGUCACAAAAGGCCACCCUGAAGCAGAGGGAGGAUGUGUCUCAUGCCCUCAAAACACUUCGCAGCUCCAAAGCUCCCCUGGUCAAGAAGAGGCAAGUCAUGAGGACCAUGGCCGGAGAUUACAGGAAAAAAAUGGAGGAGGAGAAGAGCAAGCAGUUCAAACUCAUCCAGAGCGAACUUACAUCCGCUAAGGUCAAAGUCAAGUCAGAGUCACCCAAAAAGUCGGUUUUCCACCGGAGAGCUGAAGCCAAACAGAGCCAGGCCUCAGGGGGGCACCGGAACCCGGAGACUCUUCCAGAAUCGUCUGCCUUUGUGUUUGCGGCAUCAAAAGAGGAGUUUCGGUUCAACUUUUUAUAAUUUUGAAACUUAAAAGAAAUAAAAAUAUAUUGACCCUGUCA